AUGAAGUUUAUUCUCUUUGCUCUCCUUGUGGGUGCAUUUUACUCUGAUCAUACAGUCAAGCAUGACAAGGAAGACCUUGUUUCCUACCCAGUGUGCAUCAAAAACCACUUUAGUCCUUGCGUAGGUGUCCUUAUCCAUAAACAGUGCUUGUUAGCAGCUGCCCACCACUACUUACCAAGACUCAAAACGUUUAUGGGAAAUUUCACGAAGAGAAUUAAGGAUGCCACAGAACGAACCAUUAAUUCCAUACACAUGAUACCCUGGAAUUUAAGUACAAAUCCUCCUGAGCACAAACUCAUGGUUCCAUCCACUCAAAGUAUUCCUCAGGGUACUACCUAUCCUGGCUCUGAUGUGGACAGGAGUGUACCCAGUGGUGAUAAUAACCCUGACUUCCAGCAAGACAAUAAGGCCCUUAUGAUCAUAGAGAAAAAAUGUCAGAAAAGGGACCUAGGAAAAGUCCGCAGGAAGAGGAGCUGUUUGCAUUUCUUAAAUCCUUUCAGGAGGCUUUGUGUGGAAACUUGGAAGUGGUAUUGGCUACUGUCAUCUGCAAUGACAAGAUUCAGAUCAAGAAAUGUUAGCCAUUUCCUUGAAAAUAAUAUCAGCAUCUACACCAAUAUUUUCUGCUAUAUCCUAAGUAUCCAGAAAUUUUUCAUCAAGAUGAGUUACUGCUAUGUUUUCUGA